AUGGCUGCUACUCAGGCCUUUUUGGCCAAUCGAGUGUCUCAAGGAAACCUAUCCGCCUCCGCCGCCGCCGCCGCCCUCCGAGCAAUGUCCCCGCCUCCAACACCUGUCGCCGAUGUCCAGACCAAGCGAAUGCAGAGGCGGUCAUCGAGUGCUUCCGGGUCCCCGGCAAAUGCCUCUAGAGGUCGUUCAAGAGGUGGGCUAGAUAGAACAUCAAGUUCAGGCUCUAUGACAGAGAGGACCUUUCGAAGUCCAUCACCAGGUCGUCCCACUACGCCCUCUGGUCCUGGUGUAGCUCCGCCUGUUCCCCAACUGCCGGCAGACAUCCCACCUGUUCCCAAACUGCCGGACAGGUCUUCGAAACGCUCUCUGAGCCUGGAUACCUACGCCUCGAAAAAGCAGAAUCCUACCCCACAGCAUACACCUGCAAACGACCCUCAAAGCAUAUCAAAAGCCGCGGCAGCGAUCAGUGUCGGACAACAUGCACAGGUCGGAAAUGGAAAUGUGGCUCAACGUGCCGACAGCAGAAACUCUGUCAACUUUUCACGGCCUCUCUCGCCCUCGCCGCAAUCACCGGCCAGUCCUGUAGGUGGUCAACGGUCCAACCGCAACGGAAUUUCUGGGCCGGAGGCAGAGAAUGUGCAGUACAGCGUCACGGCCGCAGCGCAGCAGCCCGUGAAGAAAAAGAAAAAGAAGGUCGCACCCCGGUCUUCUGAGGGGAGUCAUCUCCAAAGCGGCAGUAUGGCUAGUAGGCCCGUAUCGACACCUCUCGCCCCCGAUCCAGAAAUGCCUCCCGUAGCCGCUGCGGUCGAGCCGAAGGAGAAGAAAAAGAAAGUUGCGUUGACCGGUCAGAAUUCGCAUUUCCCGCAGUCUUCAGAUGCAGCGUCGUCGAAUCAGGAUUCAGAUUCGUCCCCUGAGCAUACACGCCGUGCGCAGCGAGCGGCGGGACACCUUGCCAAACAACCGUCGAUUGUGAGGGAGGACUGGGAGGGUGAGCAAGAGCAGCAGCUAUCCGAAGCUCAGGAAAGGGAGCAACAAGGGCUCAGUCCUGUGGCUAGUCCAGCAGCUACUGUACAAAGUAAGAAGCUGACGGCCGCGAAUAUGUCCAGAAAAAUUGAAGAGCCGAUCACGCCUACACCAAAAUCCCAGCCAUCACCGCUGGAGGCCUACCAGGAUGUGACAGAAGCUCCUGCAGAGGCAGGCACCAGCCACCUGACCGUACAACAGCCACAAGUCAGCCGAAACAGCUCCAUCAGCCCUUCGAGAUCGACUCGGUUCUCGGAAGAGCCAUCGGAUCUUGCGGCCGGGAGGAAGCACGAACCACUGCCUCGGUCGGUGUCGCCUGUAAAAUCGGCUCUGAAGCAUCAUCACCCCUCGACGGUGGAUGACCGCCUCAGCAAGCCUCGUGGAUCGAGUGCGACUCCGAGCGAUGCGUCUGACUCAAACAGGUCAGCCGAUGGUUCAGUCCGGCGGCAAAAGAGCGUGAGGGUCAGUUUUGAACCGGAGCCAGAGGUCGUUGGCGUUGCUGCUGAACCACAAAGUACCGACAGUCCGGUGAUUCAGAGUCCUCAGGCCAAAGAAACGAAGAAGCGAGGCUUCUUUGGUUUAGGAAGCAGUAAACCGGCACUUACGACGAUACCAUCCGAAGACAAUUUGGAUGAACACAUGCAGCCAAGGCCGCAGCUGCCCUCCUUCGGCAGCAUAAGAAAUAGGCAACGACGGGUCGAUUCCUCGGACUCUGUUGAGGUUGCCCCUACGGCGGACAAGCUGCUCUCCUCUCCCAGCCAGAUCUCCUCGACUUCGUCGGAUGGCUCAUCGAGCCCAGAUAUUCCGGCACAAGAUCAAGGAUCGUCGAGUGAUCAUGCGAUUGGUGCUAUCCUGUCCCGAAACGCUGCUCAGAAGUCCAUGCCCCAAGACCCACUUUUGCCUCUGCCGCCGGUAGUCACUUCUGUAGAAGGCGGUGGUUACAUGUCUGAUACCGAGAGUGACAUUACAGUGGAAGAAAUCCAGCCGCAGGUGCAAUCAUCAGUUUCCGCCGAGAUGCCGAAUGGGCAAGUACAAUCGACUACCACCCAGCCACCUCAAACGAUGCAUCAACCCAGUGACACCAAGGCUGCGGAAGAGAAAGAUUUGUCUACUUCGAACAUCCCUACAGAUGUUCCAGCAUUGUCUGUGCAGCCUCCGACCCCGGGCAUUGAAGAUGAGAAACCUUCCGAUCAAUGGUUGGUAGAGGUGCCUGGCGGUUUCCCCUCUGCUCCAGAAGAGAUGGUCCAAGCUGUGCCUCAGGCCACCACGCCUUCAACCAACGCCUCCAGCAACCCUAGUUCUGAAGCUCGAAAAUUCGGCCCUUCUGAGGCAGAACUCCGCAAAGCACAAGCCGCACCUGAGGAAGAAGAGUCGGCAUCUGAUGGCGAUAGCAUUUACAGCGAUGCGGAAGAAGAUCUUUCAGACAGAGAAGGCUAUGGUUCGAUUGAUGCCAUUGUAGAGAGCCCGAUUAUCGAAUCGCCCCGACUGCAGAAAAUUCAGACGCCUCCGCAGAGUCCGCUCGCCGAGAGGACCGAUCGACCACAGGCUGCUGAGCGCACGGCAUCGUGGGAUGAUACUCAGCAGCACUGGAGCGGUAUUGCACAGCAAAGUCGGCAAGUGAAAGCGGCUCCACUUCAAAAGACGCCCCAGCCGGCAACAGAGCAGCUACCACAGCCAGCACCGCAACGGGCAUCGCAGCAGGCCACACAGCGGUUACAGACUGUCACUGCUCCUGCAAAACCUAAGAAGAAAAAGAAGAGCAGCACUACCGCUACAGCCGGUGCUUUGGCUGCAGCCGUGCCUGUCGCCCGGCCGCCACCAGUCGACAGGACACAACCGACAUCCAUGAGGAGUUCGAUGAGACAGCCAGCUGCACCUCAAGCUAGCAAUAACGAAGCUGGCGCAAUGCGGACUUCCAUGCGACAAACUGGCAAUGCUCCAAAUCCUCGCGGCUUGCAAGCUUCUAAAUGGGCUACCGAACCGACGAGACCAAAACCACCGCCCCAGCCCGUUGCAGCACCAGCUUCUCCCGGCCGGGCUGCUCUGCAGAAGAAGUACAUUCCUCCGGCCAACACUGCUCCAACGGCCAAGCCAGCCUACAAGCCGCCCCCUCCGCCAACAAUUAACAACAGCGACUCCGACAGCUCCUUCAAGAAGGCUCGCAGGUCAAAGAAGUCCGCAGAUGGUAGCUACAACAUGCGACGCAGCAUGCGCAGCGCUGCGCAGGUUCCUCCCACACAACCCGGCGGACGUGGGGCAGUUCGAUCUCUGUCACCACCUGUGCGACGACCGUUUUCCCCGGCUGGGGACCAGCGCCCGAUGCGGACCAGCAUGCGUGGGUCAAUUGAGGCAGCCGCACCUACGCUAAGAGGCCCCAAGGAGCAAAAGCGGUCUUCGUCUUUGUUCGGAAAGCGAAAGGCUAAGAGCCCUAUGCGUGCCGGCCCCAUGCCACUGACAGCGGGCCUACGUUCGAGAAUCGGUGACUCAGACGACGAGGACGGUCCAAGACCGACUUCCUUCAGAUCCAGAUUCGAAGACUCGAGCGAUGAAGAGGGCGAUCCUCAGCCUUUGCGGCCCGUCCGAGGCAUUCCAAGAAGGCAUGACGAGGGCGACUCGACCGACCUGGAUGACAGCUCCGACGAGGAGAAGAAAAAAUCGCGACGCCAGUUGCAGCCUGCUAUCAAGAUUGAUACCACUGCAGCUCAACAAGCCGGACCCGCAGCAGAUGCUCCUCUAUCUCCUACUACGAUGAAGAAGAGGGGCCUCUUCUCCCGCUUUCGCAGCAAGAAAGAGGACAAGGGCAGCAGCCCGAAACCUCGGAAGGUCAAUACUGCGGCCGAUCCAAUCCCUGACAGCCGGCCAGGCACGAAGGAUGAUGAUACACCGUUCGAUGGUAACAUGGGCUUCGGCUCAAGCGCUGAAAGAGACGCCAUGAUUCGUCAGACAAUGGCCAAAUUGGAGGCUGCCAAACAAGAUCAGGAUGGCAACCCACCUGAUGUUGUCUCUGCUGACCCUGGCCCGGCGUCUUCGGCUGUUGGUUCUCCUGCAUCGUCCAAGGUCCCAAGGCCUACGUCCCCAGUUGCAGGCAAGUUGCAACGACGUCGGCCCGAACGUGUAAUGAGCGACUCGUGGCCACUGCCUGAUGUCCAAGCAAAAGAAAGCGAAGAUCGGCCAUCUACCAGUGCCGGUCCAGGCUCUUACAAGACGAACGGCAUGUCGAGCUUGCGGCCGGCACUCCACGAAAGGAAGCCAACCAACGAAACACUCAGCACCGACGGUGGUAGCCCAUUGACAGGUAGUAAGAGCAAGAAGAAGCGCUUCCCUAUGUUGCGCAAGGCCUUUGGGCUAAAGAGCUAG